AUGGCUCGUACAAAGCAGACUGCCCGCAAACCCACCAGUGGCAAAGCACCCAGGAAACAACUGGCUACAAAAGUCGCUCUCAAGAGUGCGCCCUCUACUGGAGGGGUGAAGAAACCUCAUCGUUACAGGCCUGGUAUUGUGGCACUCUGUGACAUCAGAGGCUAUCAGAAGUCCACUGAACUGAUUCGCAAGCUCCCCUUUCAGCGUCUGGUGCGAGAAAUUGCUCAGGACUUCAAAACAGAUCUGCGCUUCCAGAGUGCAGCUAUUGGUGCUUUGCAGGAGGCAAGUGAGGCCUAUCUGGUUGGCCUUUUUGAAGAGACCCUAUGUGUUAUCCAUAAUAAACGUGUAACAAUUAGACCAAAAGAUAUCCAGUUAGCUCGCCGCAUACACAGAGAGCCUGCUUAA